GCUCCGGCUGGUCAGGGAAGUAGUAACAGCUACGAUGAAUCAAAAUCCAUCGACUCAGAUGACAAACGAAGAUGCGGAGAAGUACCAAUAUCAAUACAAGUUGAUCUGGUCGUUCCAUCGCCGAAACGUCAGGCCAGCAGUUUAGAGCGAGGCUGGACACCAUCAAGGGUCCGGCUCCGGGCAGAGCGGGGAAAUGAAAAGAAGCAAGGAAAAAGGGAGCAGAAGAAUAGCAAAAUUUCUCUUGGUUCCGUUGGACUGGAGCCCCUUCGAGUAGCUUCAUGGGGGGCUGACUUCAACUCGUUGCUCAACGACCCAUUUGGCAGACAGUAUUUUCAGCGACGAUAA